AUGAUCCAGUAUCCCAAAAAAAGAAUGCCUGGCUGCUUUGCAGCUAUGAGUUCAAGAGAAAAAUGAUUAUAUUCAUAUAUUUUUACACUUAUAAAAUUUCAUAUAUCCAUAUCAGGAUUUCCAAUGAAGUUGAGUUCUAUAACAAUUGAUUUUGAGCAAGCAUUGAUAUCUAGCAUAAAGGAGUCUUUUCCAAAUCAAAGAAUUAUUGGCUGCUUUUAUCACCUUAAUAAAAGCUUGAAAAGAAAAGCAAAAGCACUUGGGAUUUACAAAAAGAAAGAGGCAUCAGAACUGAGAAAUAAAACUGAUCAAAUUAUUAAAAGAAUAGAAAAACUAUGCUAUAAAAUAGAUGAUUUGGAGGUAGAGGUUGCAAAUAUUGAAAAAGAAUUCAUUGAAUCUGAAUCACUUAUGAAAUUCAUAAAUUACUUCAAGAAAACCUGAUUAAAAUAUUUUCGAGAUAACACUCUUAAUUAUAGCUCUAUAGAAGAGCGUAGAUAUAGAUCUAAUUCCAUGCUCGAAGGGAUUAAUGGAGAAAUUAAGAAGUUUUUCAAGGAUAAAGGUGUCAAUUUCAUGUGAAGUGAUUUCAUAUUAGCACUCCAAAAUCUAUAUAAGUACUUUUAUGAUGAUAUAAUUGCUUGCGGCAAUAAACCUGUUGUCUUUAGAUCAAAAGCAAAGAUACUAGAAGGCGAAUCUCAAAAAACAAAUUGAAAAUGACUCAGAAACUGAGUCAACUAG